GUUCACUCUCAGAAUCUUCAGUAGAAAACUCAUACAGUGUUCUCAGCGUAAGUCGCAUCAGUACAUCAUCAUGACGGAUAAACAAGAGGGCAACCCGGAAGUGGUUGUGAACAAGAACAAAAAGUACAGAAAAGAGAAGCCUUGGGAUCACGGUGGCAUAGACCACUGGAAGGUUGACCCGUGGACAGAGGAGGAUGCGAAGGCGAGUGGCGCUCUGCUAGAGGAGAGUAUGUUCGCUACCUUAUUUCCAAAAUAUAGAGAGAAGUAUCUCAAGGAGAUAUGGCCGCAUGUUACCACUCUUCUGAAGGAGCAUGGCAUUGCUUGUGUAUUGGACCUGGUAGAGGGUAGUAUGACGGUGAAGACGACACGUAAAUCGUAUGAUCCGUAUGCGAUAAUUAAGGCCCGUGAUCUAAUCAAGUUAUUAGCGAGAAGUGUACCCCUUCAGCACGCAUCCCGUAUAUUGGAGGAUGACUCGACGUGUGAUGUGAUUAAAAUCGGAAAUAUCGUACGCAACAAGGAGCGAUUCAUAAAAAGGAGGCAAAGGUUGGUGGGUCCAGAUGGGUCGACUCUCAAAGCGAUUGAGUUGUUAACAGAAUGCUAUGUACUGGUGCAAGGAAAUACAGUAUCAGCCAUAGGAUCCCACAAAGGUCUCAAGCAGGUGCGUCAGAUUGUGGAAGACUGUAUGCGCAAUAUCCACCCCAUAUACAACAUCAAGACGCUGAUGAUCAAACGCGAACUCCAGAAAGACCCCAAACUGGCAGAGGAAAACUGGGAACGGUUCCUACCACAAUUCAAGAAGAAGAACCAACCAAAGAAGAAGGCUCCCACUAGUAAGAAAAAGAAGGAGUACACGCCGUAUCCACCUCAGCAACAACCAAGCAAGAUCGAUAUGCAAUUGGAAAGCGGAGAAUACUUCAUGCGCGAGGAGCAGCGCGAGAUGGAAAAACUCGAAAAGAGAAAAGCUAAACAAUCCGAAGCCCUGGAAGCAAAGAAGGCCAAGCGGGAGCUGGCAUUCGUGGCUCCCGAGGAGAGUACUGCGCCGCCUGGUCAGGCUAAGACAACAAGCCCGACCAAUGUCUCUUCCAUCGUGGAUAAGUUAAAGUCACAGAGCAAGGCACCCACCCAGAAACGCGAUGCGGACUUUGUACUGCCGGCAAGCGACUCGGGCAAAGCACGCAAAAAGAAGCGAUCAGCGUAAGAGCGCCGAUGGAGCAAUCCGACAAUGUAGAGUGCAGUGAACUUGUCGAUUAAAAGUGCUACUUAAAAUAUCUUGGCGUUGGAACGUCGAGUAAGCCACUUGUCGUACUGUAAGAAAAGACACAAAAAUGCAUUCCGACCGCCAGUUAAAUUCUAUGUCAUCAAUGCAGGCACUCUUAAGGUCCAGUUACACUAUCUCGACUUGCGACUAUGCUGUAUUAGCUAUGGCUGAUACCAUCGCAUCGGUGCGAGACAAUACUGAAGAUUCUUCUGUAUGACUUCGUCUUCAAUUUCGCAUGUUUCUGUAGGUUUAUUUAAAUGGUGGUACUUAUUCGUUGAUAGGUAAGCUCUCUGAUUUGACAGUAGAAGCACCAGCAUUAACUAUACCUGCUUUAAAGUUAUUUAGUUCUAUAGCCUUCGUGAAGUAUCCGUUGGGAUGGUUGAUAAGAGGAACGUCCACAUUUUCCUGUUCAAUAAAGACGUUAUC